CAGGUACCGUAUUAAAUUAAAAUUCACAUAUUUUAUUUUUGUGAACUUACUUUAUCUGCAAAAUCUGCAAAAUUUGCAUCCCGUGAACAUUAUGCCCUAUACGGUAUCAGAAAAUAAAGUAAAAUUGAGAACUUCUUCAUAAGCAAGAAAACAAUUCAUGCAUACCAUAUAAAAUGCGUAAAUAGUUUAAUUUUAUUGUAUAGGAUGAGUGAAAGUAGAAAGCAAAAUGAAUUGUAUUCUAAACAGAAAAUUGAAGCAUUGCAAGCUGCUAAUAGAAAACUUAAGAAAGAUUUAAUGAAAAAAGAAGAUGAAUUGCAAGAAACUAGAGAUAAAUUGAUUGAAGAGAGGCGUCAAACUGUGUCCCAGUUGCAACGAGCAUUUGAUCAACGAAUGGUUGAAACUAGUGCUCAGUUACAAGCUAAGGAAAGGAAAAUAAAUGAACUAGUUGUGAUGUUACAAGCACAGGUAAACUAUUGUCACAUUACUUCCAUUUAUGUUCUAAGUUUUGUAGUGUUUUAAGGUUAUUUUUGGCUCAAUAUAAAAUUAUGCACCUUUUCA